AUGGAGGACAACCUAGACAUACCAGAGGAGUCGAUGCGGCACAUCGAGGCCCUGCUGGCAAGACAUCCGCCGCACUUGAUCCAGCGCAUGUUUUCCCAAGCUAUAGAUUCGCGUAUGUUUUUCUUCCUCUUCCUCCUCCUCCUCCUCCUCCUCCUCCUCCACCUGCUUCCGCUCACCGACUGUAGGCCGCAAUUCUACAGCCUCGUCUCUCAUGUCCACCAGCACCGCCAGCUCUACCACCACUUCUUCUUCGGCAUCAUCAUGGCGAUCUCGCCUAUCACUUGCAUCAACCUUUUCCUCGUCCACCAGCAACAGUGA